GCCUCGCGCGCCGCCGGGGCUCCGGACGAGGUCCGCUCCGGAGUGGCGGGCGGCGGGCUGAGGGGGCGGCGUGUCUGCCGUGGUAGCCGCGCAGCGGAGGAGGAGCCGGGCUUGCAGCCGCCGCCCUCUCGGCCCUCCGAGUUUCCCGGGCUACCUCAACCUUCCUCAGGCGUGGGUGCCCUCGCGUACAGCCCGCCCGGCUCGUCGGCUCGCCUCCAGCCCAGCGGCGGGAACGGCCGCCUGGACCGCUCCAGGCGUGGCGGGCUGGGCCCACACCCCCAGCCGGUGGGACCGUCCGGACCCCUCGGCCCCAAUGCCUGGGCGAGCAGAGCGGAGUGGGUGGCGGUGGUCGGAGCUGUGCCGGGGGCCCCCGGGGGCGAGCGCGGCUGCUGUGCUGGGGCAAGCAGCAGGGACCGUGUGUGAGUUUGGCAUGAUUUGGACCCCUGAGACUCUGCCUUAGCAAGAAAGAAGUUGGAAACACUUCCUGGAAGAAAGCUAAAACAAUACAAAAGCCGCAGCGCAUUCUUUACAUGUCAGCUCCUUACAAACAUGGACACAUUUCCUAGCAUGUUUCCACCUGGAGGAGACAGUAGGCUGAAUCCUGAACCUGAGUUCCAAAAUAUGUUAAUUGAUGAAAGGGUACGAUGUGAGCAUCAUAAACAAAAUUAUCAGGCUCUGAAAAUUGAACACAAAAGGUUGCAAGAUGAAUAUGUAAAAUUACAAAGUGAACUUAAGCGUGCGUUAAGUGAAAAGCAAACAAACCAGGAAAAAUUCCAACUGCUCCUUGAAGAGUUAAGGGGAGAAUUAGUAGAGAAAGUUAGAGACAUGGAAAAAAUGAAACUGCAGGUAUUAACACCACAAAAGUUGGAAUUGGUAAAAGCCCAGCUACAACAAGAAUUAGAAGCUCCAAUGCGAGAACGUUUUCGGACUCUUGACGAAGAAGUGGAAAGGUACAGAGCUGAGUAUAACAAGCUUCGCUAUGAGCAGACAUUUCUCAAGUCAGAGUUUGAACACCAGAAAGAAGAGUUUACUCGUAUUUCAGAAGAAGAAAAAAUGAAACACAAGUCAGAGGUCGCACGGCUGGAGAAGGACAAAGAGGAGCUACAUAACCAGCUGCUUAGUGUCGAUCCCACGAGAGACAGCAAACGAGUGGAGCAACUUGUCCGAGAGAAAACCCACUUGCUUCAGAAAGUGAAAAGCUUAGAGGCUGAAGUAGCAGAAUUAAGGGCUGAGAAAGAGAAUUCUGGUGCUCAGGUAGAAAAUGUCCAAAGAGUACAGGUGAGGCAGUUGGCUGAGAUGCAGGCUGCACUCAGAUCCUUGGAGGCUGAAAAGCAGUCAGCUAAACUACAGGCUGAACGCUUAGAAAAAGAGCUACAAUCAAGCAAUGAACAAAACACCUGUUUAAUUAGCAAACUGCAUAAAGCUGACCGAGAAAUAAGCACGCUGACCAGUGAAGUGAAAGAGCUUAAACAUGCAAACAAACUAGAAAUAACUGACAUCAAACUGGAGGCGGCAAGAGCUAAGAGUGAACUAGAAAGAGAAAGGAAUAAGAUCCAAAGUGAACUCGAUGGAUUGCAGUCAGACAAUGAAAUUCUCAAGUCAACUGUUGAACACCACAAAGUGCUCUUGGUGGAAAAAGAUCGUGAAUUAAUACGUAAAGUACAAGCUGCCAAGGAAGAAGGCUAUCAGAAACUCAUGGUCUUACAAGAUGAAAAGCUAGAACUUGAGAACAGAUUAUCAGACUUAGAGAAGAUGAAAGUGGAGCAUGAUGUCUGGAGGCAGUCGGAAAAGGAUCAGUGUGAAGAGAAGCUGCGGGCCUCCCAGAUGGCAGAGGAGGCAGCCCGGAGGGAACUUCAGAGCAUUAGGUUAAAACUUCAACAACAAAUUGUGAAUACCGAAAAAGCAGAGAAAGAAAAACUUGAAAAUUCUGAACUGAAACAGCAAAUCAGUCAUUUGCAGAUCCAAGUGACCUCACUGACACAGUCAGAGAACGACUUGCUGAAUUCAAACCAAAUGCUGAAGGACAUGGUGGAGAGAUUAAAACAAGAAUGCAGAAAUUUAAGAAGCCAAGCUGAAAAAGUACAACUAGAAGUUGAAAAGACACUGGAGGAAAAACAGAUACAGUGGUUGGAAGAAAAGCACAAGCUUCAUGAGCGUAUCACAGACAGAGAAGAAAAGUAUAAUCAGGCUAAAGAGAAGCUACAGCGAGCAGCAACUGCUCAGAAGAAGAGAAAAUCUCUUCAUGAGAACAAAUUGAAGAGACUGCAGGAGAAAAUAGAAGUCUUGGAGGCAAAGAAAGAAGAAUUAGAAACAGAAAACCAGGUGUUAAACAGACAAAAUGUUCCAUUUGAAGAAUAUACAAGGCUUCAGAAACGACUAAAGGACAUACAGAGAAGACAUAAUGAAUUUCGAAGUCUAAUUUUGGUUCCUAACAUGCCUCCAGCAGCAUCGGUCAGUCCUGCUAACUUCCAGUCUUCAGCUGUAGUUCCUGGAGUGGAACUCUCCUUUCCCCCUCAUCUGCAGGAUGAAGAAACUGAGAGCAGUGUGAUGAUGUUCCUAAGACCUGAAUAAAUGACAGUUAAGCUUUUCUAACCCUAAACUAUCUGAAUCCAGAGCCUAGCCCCUGUCUUUAUUGGCCCCAGAGCUUUGAUUGAAUGACAUUCAGAACAUGGACUGCCUAAGUCAUGAAACACUACAGUGUCAUCAUGAGACUACAGUCAUUGGAUUGAGUUGUAAACCAGACCAGGUGCAGCUUUUAGUAAAUUACAGUGACAGUCCAGUUGUGUUUGAAAGCUGUCACCUAUGUGUGCCUGUGCAUUGUCCGACUUGCUCCCUGGUGACUUUUACUCCUAGGGAGGAACAGACUGGGUUUUACUUAAAAGUAGAGUCUGAUGCAGGAGGGAAGGGAAAGUAGUUUUUAGAUUGCUAACAUGGGUCAUCUCUAUGCCACACUGUGGGAGGCCUGUAUAAGAGAGGCAGAUGUCGGGGCUUUUCUAGGUGUCUGUUUAUGUGUCAUUUUUAAGGAGGAACAGCAUCAAAGAGAACUCUCUCUCCUUCGCAAAAGACUGGAAGAACUAGAAACUACACAAAGAAAACAACUAGAGGAACUUGGAUCUCCUGGGGAAUGAUGCCAGAAGAAAGGCAAAGCCAGAAACUCAAUAAAAAUAAGACGUUUAACGUGUGGCAUUGAGAUGCUUUCUUACUGUUUGCCAAAAUCUAUGAGCUGCCUCAAGAAAAGGUACUAGUUACACACUGCACUGCAUGGCUCCAAGGUUUUAAGAUUAUACUAAGAAAAAUGAAGUAUUCAUAUAUUUAGAACAUGCAUUGACAAUCUUUUGACAAUGCAAAAAUAAAAGGAACUAGUUAAUUAAAAAAAUCAAGUUUCAAAUUAAUGUUUAUUUUGUUGCUGUUUUCUGGCAUUUUGCUUGAAAUAUAUCCAUCCUAGUGUCCCUCCUCCUCAUCUUUGAGAUGUCUUUUUUUGUAAUAACAAGAUCAGUAAUCAUCUCCUUUAUUAUAUAUAAAAGUUUUGGAAAAGAUGACUUAAAAGUAUAAAAAAAGACUUAAGAGUUUCUAAAUAUGUUUAUUAUAGAAAUCUUUACCUUUUCAAAAAGCUGUGCACUUAUUUAUUGACUGACUUAAUAAAUAUUUUUAUAUCU